AUGACCAAAAUAAGCGUGCCUAACGAAGUAGCACUAAUAAAUAAUAAUAAUAAUCGUUCGGUUGUAGCACCAUUUCUCUGCCUAGCUGCCACGCCAACGAUAGGAGGCAUGACAGCUGGGACACUGCCAGGUUGCUCAAGCUUAGACAAAAGCAGUCGAGAUGCAGCGGUCGGGUUCGAACCGCGGACCUUCCGGCCAGAAACUCUUCGCGAAAUACAAUCACACUCGCAGAUACUUUUUGAGGGGUGCCAGCUUGGCACGGAGGAAGCACCUAUUCAACUGCGCACUGACGAUGUCUCCUUGACUGGGGACGAAACGUUUGCAAGCCAAUUGCCAAGCUCGGCGAACGGAUCAACUGCCAUCCGAUCAGCCACCAGUAAACACACCCGAUCUACCUAUAUUUCGACACAUUGA